CGCGGUGGCGGCGGCCCCGGGGGAGCGGGCGCCGCGCGCGCUCCCAUUGGCCGCCCCGCCGUCAGCUGCUCCUAUUUUCUGCUGUCGCUUUUGGCGCUCGGCCAUCCAGAAACAAACCACUUCGAUGACUCCUAAUAGUUAUCGCCAGAUGUACUAAUACACAACAAAUCACGGUCCGGGAGAGGGGGAGAGCAAAUGAGUUCCUAUUUUGUGAAUCCCACUUUCCCGGGGAGCCUGCCCGGGGGCCAGGACUCCUUCCUCGGGCAGAUCCCCCUGUACCCGGCGGGCUAUGAUGCUCUCAGGCAUUUUCCGGCUUCGUACGGGGCAAGCAGCCUGCAGGACAAGACUUACACCUCACCUUGUUUCUACCAACAGUCCAACACCGUCAUUGCUUGCAGUCGGGCUUCCUAUGAGUACGGAGCCUCUUGUUUUUAUUCGGACAAGGACAUUAGUAGCGCCUCUCCUUCCGGCAGUGGCAAACAGAGGGGGCCCGGGGACUACCUGCACUUUUCUCCCGAUCAACAGUACAAAACCAGCGGCGGCCAAGCCAAAAUUAUAAAUGACGAAGGCACCGACCGGAAGUACACGAGCCCUGUUUACCCCUGGAUGCAGCGGAUGAACUCCUGCGCUGGUACAGUAUAUGGAACACAUGGGAGACGAGGGAGGCAAACUUACACCAGAUACCAAACGCUAGAGUUAGAGAAGGAAUUUCAUUUUAACAGAUACUUAACCCGAAGACGACGCAUUGAGAUUGCAAACGCUCUCUGCCUUACUGAACGCCAGAUUAAAAUAUGGUUUCAAAACAGGCGGAUGAAAUGGAAAAAGGAAAACAAAUUCAUAAAUUCCACACAGCCCAGCAGCGAAGAAACAGAGGAAAAGUCAGGGGAGUAGAACCACGUUUAAUAAACGCUACCAGGCCUUUCCUUAGCGCUUACUACUGCUACUACUACUAUUAUUAUUAUUAUUUACCUUGUGUUCCUUCUGCUACUGAAAUCCUAUAGGUUUGUCACAGUCUAUUAAUCCCCAAAAGGCUUGGUUAAAAGAUGUACAUUUGCAAUCAUCUGUGACUUGCUCUAAUAUAUGUGGAAGCCCCAGCUUUUGAGCUAUAGGCAUGUAUGUAUGUAACCACCUUCUCAAAGCAUAUAUGGCGUUGGUUAAAGUAUUAGAGAAUUGGCCCAGCAUUUUAAAUAUAUGAGAUGAGCAUCUGUGUGUGGGUGAAUGUCCCUGGUGUGCUUGUGUAAGAAAAGAAAAACAAAUUAUUUUUAUUUUUUUCUCUUUUUUUUAAAUUAGAAAUCCUCAUAUUGUAGAAAGACAAGAGAUUUUAGAAAAUAUUUGGUUGAUGUUUUUGCUAGCUCCCGCCAUGGCGGCCCAUCUCGUUAUGCUGUGUUUAGGAGUUUAUGAUCUGCAGGGGGAAAAUAACUUUUAGUUAUGUUUAAGAUAUUUAAAUAGCAAAAAGAAGAAAAAAAUCUUUUAAAAAACGUCAUAUAAAUCGCUGUGUAAAAACUUUCAGUUAAAGCGGAGAUGAAUUUCAGGGAGAUUUUUUUUUUAAAUGCCGCUAAACUGCUUAGUCUGCACUACUAGAAUUGAAGUAAAAACUCGGCGUUAAACUUCACGGGAAGCGAGGGAAGAGGUUUCAAAGCGGGCAAUUUUCUGUGGUUCCCGUUGAGCUUACGCUAAGGUUUUGGUAAGCUCAGCUCUGCACUGAAGGGACUUUGAAUUAUGGACUACAUUUAUUGGGGCUUCGUGAGCUUAGAUCGAUCUUUUUUCCUUUUAUCUGUCUUUCCGUCUUUCUUUCUUCCUCCCUUUCUUCCUUCCUUCCUUCCUCUCUUUCUUUCUUAUUUGAAGAAAAGGUCUUAUUAACUCGGAGAUUUUCUUUCCUGCUUCUGCGGUAUCUUAAUUCACAUUCGCAUUACUUAGCACUGGAAAAAAUAAAUUGAUACUUUGAAGAAAAUAGCUGCCAUAAAAUGCUUCCACUUCGAGGUUUGCAGAAGUAAAAUAAGCGCAGCAAAAAUAUUGAUUAAUAUAUAUGUUAUAUCUCUCUAUAAUAUAUUGCGUGUGCAUGAGUGUGCAUGUGAAGCUGUGUGCAAAUGCACUUGUAUACGCACCGAGGCUCUU